GCUUUCCUCGCUCCUCUAAUCAUAACAGGUGACUGUUCAGAGAGUUUUUCCACCUUUAUUGUCUGCUGUCUUCACGUUUUUUCUCUGACACAUCAGGGAUUUGAGGCUGCCUCUUGCUUCUGAACUAUUGCGCACCGAAGUCGAGUUUCCUCCGCGUUUCAUCCAAGUUAAUUUUGCUUUUUUUUUUUUUGUCCUCCGAGCUGCAGGCUGAGUGUCACACGGAGCUCAGACGCUUCCAACAGGUCUGGUGUCAGUGGAGCGCCUCUCCGCGGGAGAACAGCCCGAGACGUGCAUCAUGCUGGACGGCAUUAAAAUCGAAGAUCAUCCCCUUCGAUCGGGACAAGCCACGCUCGGAGUUAUGCUCGGGACCGAGUGUCACCACAGGUCGGUGUGUGAGGGAUGCCAGCGCCCCAUCUCCGACCGCUUCCUGAUGAGAGUCAACGACUCCUCGUGGCACGAGGAGUGUUUGCAGUGCACCGUGUGUCAACAGCCUCUCACCACCAGCUGCUACUUCAGAGAAAGGAAACUUUACUGCAAACACGACUACCAACAGUUGUUUGCGACCAAAUGCAGCGGCUGCAUGGAGAAAAUCGCCCCCACAGAGUUCGUGAUGCGCGCCCUGGAGUGCGUCUACCACCUCAACUGCUUCUGCUGCUGCGUGUGCGACCGCCAGCUCAGGAAGGGCGACGAGUUUGUCCUGAAGGAGGGUCAGCUGCUCUGCAAGAUCGACUACGAGAGGGAGAAGGACUUACUCAGCUCGGUCAGCCCGGAUGACUCAGACUCAGAGAAGAGUGACGACGAGGAGCUGGACAUCAAGCCGGAGAAGGGCAUCGGCAGUCAGGGGAAGGGGGACGAUGGGAAGGACCCCAGGAGGCCCAAGAGACCACGGACCAUCCUCACCACUCAACAGAGGCGGGCCUUCAAGGCCUCCUUUGAGGUCUCCUCAAAACCCUGCAGAAAGGUGAGGGAGACGCUGGCUGCGGAGACGGGGCUCAGCGUGCGCGUGGUGCAGGUGUGGUUCCAGAACCAGAGAGCUAAGAUGAAGAAGUUGGCUCGGAGACAGCAACAGCAACAAGAACAACAGAAUUCCCAGAGACUCGGCCAAGAGGUGAUGUCUAAUCGGAUGGAGGGGAUGAUGAACUCCUUCACACCGCUGGCUCCGCCGCAGCAGCAGCUGGUCGCCAUGGAUCAGAACGGUUACAGCACAGACCCGUUCCAACAGGGGCUCACCCCCCCACAGAUGCCCGGGGACCAUAUGAACCCAUAUGGUAACGACUCGGCGUUCCACGACAUCGACAGCGACACGUCUCUAACCAGCCUCAGCGACUGCUUCAUGGCCUCGUCGGAAGUCAGCUCCAUGCAGGCCCGCGUGGGAAACCCCAUCGAUCGCCUCUACUCCAUGCAGAACUCUUACUUUGCGUCGUGAAAAGGGGGAAGAGAGCGAACGAGGAACGAGAGAGAGAGAGAGAGAGAAAAAAGAAACAAAACGAAACAAAAGAGAAACAUCAGCACAGAAUAAACUGCCCAUCUCAACCUAAAGCACAUGGCCUGGAGUUCUGCGCUCUAACACGGACACGGCAGAAGAAACACCUCCCCGCAGUAGCUCCUGGCCAUGUGCGGACGCUUACUCAAAGAUAGUAAAAACCACUUGUUGUAGGACAGUGACGAUUCCUGGAAGAAGAAAAAAAAAAAAAAGACUUAAAUAUUCUUAGGAAAAUAUUUGGUAGGAUUGCUUAUUUGUCACAGGAGAUAUUACUCUUAAAAACAAGUAGAUAUCGAAGCCACUGAUUACACACUCUCAAACCAAAUAACACAGUGAAUUUAUACAGUGCAUGAUCAAUUGUAAACAAACAACUUUUUGUAAGCCCCCCGACCGUCCCCCCACCCCCCCCCAUCCUGGUUAAGAUGUGUUGUUUGGACUGUUUCUUCUUCACACUACAUGGUUUUCCAUGUUCACCGUUAGCAUUUUGAUCACUUUCCAUAGGUUUAGAUAUCGUGUUAAUAGUAAAUAGGUGCAGCAUGUCUGCAAGAGUGACUGUACAUUUUGUGUAUGUAUGAGAGUUUGUGAUGAGAAAGAUGUGUUUCGAGGAGAAAAUCGGGCGGACAAGUAGGAUCAGUGAAGUGUAAAUACUUUCCCCAGGCAAAUUGGAUGUGCAUGUUAAAAAUGGAAAGCAUUCUAUUUAUUUAACUAUAACAGGCUCUUGAAGGUACAUAUUAAAACUGAAAAGCUUUAUUUAAAAAGGAGAGCAUUUUUUUUUUUUUUUUUUUUUGUUGAGCAAUUAGUGAGUUCAUGAGUAUCACGACUCAUCUGUAUACCUUUUUUAAUAUGAAGAUUAACCCUUAUGGUUUUUUUUUUUGUUUGUUUGUUUUUGUUUUAUGUUUUUUUUUCUCCUUCAGCCAAGCUGUAAAUGAGCAACGUUGCUAUUUAUUUCGUACAGACCAUAAACCUUUUGUUGUCAUUGUCCAAUGUGCAUUCUCAAAAUGUUAAAAGUUGCUAAUUGACCAAAGUUGACUGGUUUGAUGAAUAAACAAUGUCUUUCUCCUGAUACCAUUAAAUAAAUAC